AUGGACACCCGUCUCCUGGCACGAGGCCUCCGUGCCCGGCCAACACCAUGGCUCCUCAGUGCUCACCAGCAACAGCAGCCCAUCACCCUCACCACACUCCGCUACAAUUCCUCCAACACUUCGCCACAAAAGACCACCCACCCAACAUCCUCAGAAGCCUCCACCACCACUACGCACACAACACCCGCCGCGGUCGAAGACCAACCACCCGCCCCCAAGCCCGCACCCACCAAGACCGUCGCCUCCGACUUUGACGAAAUCCUCAACAAGCUCGACCUCGGCAACCGCAACACUCUCAACGCCAAGGGCGAACCCCGCCGCAUCUUCUCCGACGCGGUCUCGCGCUCCGUCGGCGGCGUCGGCUCGCAGGCGUUCAAGGACCGCGCCGCGCAGCAGCUUGCUUCUCGCAAGGUGGAGCUGAAGCUUGGGCCUACGCUGGGUCGUCAGGUCCAUGUUGAGCCGGAGCGUGGAUUGGAUCUGCCGGCUGCGAUUCGUCAGCUGGAAAUCACUUGCAGUACGAAUCAGAUCAAGGCGGAUUCACAUAAGCAGAAGUUUCACAAGCGGAAGGGUGCGCUGCGGAAGGAGUUGCGUCGGACGAGGUGGAGGAAGCUUUUCCGUUUCUCGUUCCAGGAGACGGUGAAGAAGAUCCAGCGGAUGCAGGCGCAGGGAUGGUAG